AUGGCCUACAGGAUGCUGUGGAAGGACAAUAGAACCGCUUUCAGGAACCACCAAAAGAAUGACCUGGAAUCGUCAGUCUCCUACGCGCCCGCAGAAGGGAGAGGUGGCCCCAGGAUUCGAUCACGUACGAGAGGCGCCACUCACUCCUCUAGCAUGUAUAAGGCCGCAUUAUUACCCGCUGGCCCAUCUCCUCCUUUACAACGCUCGCUGUCAGCGUCAUCCCAAACAGCACAGAUACAUGAAACGACGGCCUACGCGAGCCCGCUAUCGACCAGCGGCGCCGUCCGAGACGUCCUUGAAGUGUCGAGGACGUCCAAGUUUUGUGAGGUUAUCCGGAAAUACACUUGCAGCGAAGACGGCGGUAGCGUCAAUGUGCACCCUUGGACGUACAUCGUGCAGGUUUUCUCUAUUGCUGUCAUCUCUGGCGUACGCGGUCUCCCCGGACGCACCUCGCAGAGAACACUCCUGGACGCAAAUCAAGAAGGAGGACAACACGGAACCCCCUCGUCCAAUCCUCAAUGCUCGCACAGGAAAAAGGCGAAGAACAUGACACCAUAUUCAGGCUCUCUGUUGCUGUUUGCGGAAUCAGCCGUUUCUCGACAGAACGACGUCGGCGUGGCUGAUUCACUUACUACUGCCCACCGCUUAACACGAUUACAAGCACCAUCAAGCUCUGACUACUCACCUAACAGCCCUGCUACGCCCAGUGAGGAUACAACCCGACCCACAACCUCUGGAUACGGGAAAACGGCAAGGUCCUCUUGCGACCGUGCCUCUGUCGGGGGUCGUAAAGCCAUGCGCAUAUUCACCACGUUCUGUCUCGCCAUCCGUGUCUCCAAUCCUGACCUACAACAUCGAGCUGAGUGCUGGGUGAAGAUCCUCCAGCGUAUAUUAAUCCUCGAGGUGCUGCUCAACUCUUUUACAUACCCGCUCCCCACACUUCUUGCACCCAUCGUCCGGCUUGAUACAGGGCGACUGGCGGUAGAGGGUCCUGCUCGCCAAAUCGUGUCCGUGCUAUCACGUAUCAAGGCCAUGUAUUUCGCUGCAGCGUCUGAUGUCUCUGCAUGCCCUGACUUGCACGGUAACGAGCGCGAACGUUCGCACGGUUUCCGAAUCACCUCACAAACGGUCAGGAGAGAGACCCCACCGGAUCUGAGAUGCGGUUUGCCUCCUGGAAGAAGGGUGUUGAGAAGGAAUGGGUGGGGGAAGACGAUGAGGGCUGACCGUCAUGCUGAAAUAUUGCUGUGCGUUCGUCAACCUAAUGCCGGGAUUUAUGAGACUGGGAUAGCUGCGGCGAUGCACAAGCAUUAUUGCGUUUCGAAUGAGGAGCGGCUUGAGCUCAUCUUGGGACACUCCAUGAGUCUCCUGAAGGGACUCAGGGUGGCGCAUACAUUCACUGGCAACGUGUCAUGGGCGUCGUUUGCGGACCCAGAGCUUAUAGGAGGCAGGAUCGGGACAGUCCCGCUUGUUGCCGAGAAUCCCCCUUUGGUAUCACGCGAUACCAGAGAGCCAACCAGAGGCGCAGUCGCCAUGGGGCGCGGAAGGUUGACCAGUGACACAGCCAGACAACCUUUCUACGGGAUUGAAGUGAGCGUCCUCCUGCAUACACAUCCAGUAACAGAUCCACCUGUCGCGGUCUUCGAAGGGUACCCAGAGCUGUCCUACGUUUGCACUUUGAAGCUGUCACGAGGUCCGGUGUGGUACUGUUCUUUGACGUGCGUCGGGGGCCAGAGCGCAUCCGAAGAGACCUCGUCCAAGAAACACUGGGAAGAAAUGCCCCAGGGGAUACCUCCAGAAGCCAUAGCUCAAACACCCUUGCUCAAGUACGGCUAUAAUGUUCUCCGAGCAGACGAAAAUAUUCAGCUCCUCUCGGCAAUACCAGGUCGUGGGAGGCCGUCUUCGACUGGAGCAACGAGGAGUCAUCCUACAGCUUCAGUCCUGUCGUACUUCUCCGCGAGGUGCCCCCCACGACAUCCCGCCGACCGAUGGAUCUGGACACCUGUUGCGAGUCCACAGGGCGGACCAAUCCGGGAGCGCCCAGGGAUGUCCGUGCUUAUUCAGAGAGGACGGGGGACGGGUGUGCUGUCUCCCCAUCCCCUCCGAAAUCGUCGGUUACAAGAACGAUGGGACCGGGCAGAGACGCUCGCGGUCGGCAGUGAGGAGAUAUGCCAGUUCGAAGUGCAUCAGCGGAGGGUUGUUCGACCGCCCGAGGAGGUUCACUAUGAUAUAGGGUCAGCGGCAUGCACAGGGAGUAGUGGGUACGCACUCACCACGAUCGGGGAUCGAUCGAUAUACGAUGACGGCGUGCCACUGUCGUCUUUCCGAGCAGCCUCACGGACAGUGACUUCUGGGCUAAGUGUCGACGGACGGAUUCGUUCACCGUCUGCGAGUAACGCUGAAGUAUUGGCAUAUCGCUGGUGCCCGUACGGCGAAAGGACGAUUGUUGGCGACAUAGCGCCCAUGGCAUUGUUUCUCGCCGCUGAGGGGGACGCUCGCAAAGUGGCUCUACCUGGAUGCCAUGGUGGUGGAAGUCAGAGGCAUGUACGCCCCAUCAAUGGUGGGUGGGCCGCUUCCCACCCUAAGCGCGCGUUUCCUCAAGCAUAUAUCCAAGCAACGAGCUUCGUCUGCAUCGAUUUGGAAGUGUAUGCCAGGGCAUAG